AUGUUAAGUUUUGAUCCGGGGCUACAACUGAAAUAUGAAAAAGGCUUACGGUCGAGCAUCGUACUCUUCUAAAGCUUCGUCUUCGUCAUCGGCGUGGUCGUCAACGCGCCGGCUUUGCGGGUCUUCGCGCGGACCACCAGGAGGACGAGUUCCGUCGGCGUCCACAUGAGCAACGUGGCGCUAGUGGACCUCACCCUCAUCUUGCUCCUCCCCUUCUGCUCGGUCUACCUCCAAAUGGACUUCUGGCCCUCCGGCGACCUUUUCUGCCGCAUCGGCGCCGCCCCGUGGCUCUUUGCUCCGCUCGGCGCCGAUCGCUACGUGGCCAACGUGGAGCUCGAGCACGGCAAGGAACUGAGGAACGUCCCCGAGACGGCGGUGGCCACCGCGCCCUCGCUCUUCUCGGUCGACGAUCCCGACUGCCUCAAAAUGGCGGACUUUGUCCACCUGCGCCGCAACGACCCCGUCAACUUCACGCGGAUGGCCUUCUUCUUCCUGCUCCCCGUCAGCGUCGUGAUUGGCUCGUACGUGCUGGUCGUGGACGACCUGAUCUGCAUCAAGCACAAACCAAAGUCCAUCCGCAUCGCGGUCACGCUGACGGCGCAGGUCCUGCUGUGUUUUGCGUCCUUUCACGUAUGCUUCAGCGUUCCGGACACGGUUCUCUACUACUUUGUCACCAGGCACUUCCGGGAUCGGGUUCUUAGCGAGAUCCUGUACAGCAACUAUCGGCGUGCGUCCCAUCGGGGUCGACUUUUCAAGCAAAAUGUACACAUGGUGGGAGUCUCCUCGCUCACCUUUGCGCUGGCGCAGACGCAGACGCAGACGCAGACGCAGACCUGA